GCGCUUGGUUGGCCAACAGUGUGAUGCAUCCCGUGAGCUGCGCACUGGGAUUCGGAAGGAAGCUUCCUAAUGAAAUACACUUAAGGUAUACCUUGAGUUCAAAUUUAUAAUUGUAUACCGCAAACACUUAAAAUGGCUGAUACGGGGAACAGGUUGCGCAAAAUGUUAGAGUCGCCUAGCUUCGAUCCCGCAAAUUACGUCAAGCAGCUCUCUCAACAGUCGGACGGGGACCGGGACCUGCAGGAGCACCGUCAAAAGAUACAGACCUUAGCCGACGAAACUGCGCAGAAUCUUAAGAAAAAUGUGUACAAAAACUAUCGUCAGUUCAUCGAAACGGCAAAAGAGAUCUCCUAUUUGGAAAGUGAAAUGUACCAGUUAAGUCAUAUACUUACAGAGCAGAAAAGCAUCAUGGAAAGCAUCACACAGGCCCUGCUCUCCUCGGACAAGGACGAGACCGCCAAGGAGAUGCAAGCGGCGUUCCCUAAAGAGACGGAAGAAGGGAAGCAAAGGACUUUAACUACCUUGCUGGAGAAGGUGGAGGGGUGUAAGAACAUAAUGGAAACCCCAGGGAGAUAUUUAGUAUAUAACGGUGAUUUGAUUGAGUACGACGUGGACAACAUGUCUGUCAUUCAAAGAGUCCACGCAUUUUUGAUGAAUGAUUGCCUUUUAAUUGCAACAUGGCUAUCGGUUCGUCGUGGGGCAGUGAGAUACAAGUAUAAUGCCUUGUACGACCUAGACAGCUUUGCAACUGUCAAUGUAAAAGAUAAUCCACCCAUGAAAGAUAUGUUCAAAAUUUUGAUGUUUCCUGACAGUCGCAUUUUCCAGGCUGAAAAUAGUAAGAUCAAGAAGGAGUGGCUGGAGAUUUUGGAAGAAACCAAGAAAAAUAAGGCGGUGAAAGAAAGGCGCAAGAAAGAGGAGGAUGUCCCUCGGUCGCCAGUCCGGGACCGUCCGGAUGUUUCAAGUAACCCUUUUCUUGAAGCAGAACCAGUUGCUUCCGAAGAGGUUGUAGACUUGAGUUUGGAGUGGAUUCAGGAGCUACCCGAAGAUCUAGAUGUGUGCAUUGCACAAAGAGACUUUGAAGGUGCAGUAGACUUGCUGGAUAAGCUGACUGAAUAUUUGAAGGACCAGCCUGUAACACAGCCCGUCAAGGAUCUUAAGAGUAAAGUAGAUGAGAGAGUGCGCCAACUCAUAGAUGUUCUUGUCUUUGAAUUAUCGCCAGACAGAUCUUUGCGUGGUGGACCUAAGGCGACACGUAGGGCAGUGUCACAACUUAUACGCCUUGGCCAGUCCACAAAGGCGUGUGAGCUCUUCUUAAAGAACCAAGCUGCUGCUGUCCAGACAGCAAUCCGUCAGCUUCGAAUUGAGGGUGCCACUUUGCUCUAUAUUCACAAGCUCUGUAAUAUCUUCUUCACUAGCCUCUUGGAAACAGCUAAGGAGUUUGAAAUGGACUUUGCUGGGAAUACUGGCUGCUAUUCAGCUUUUGUAGUUUGGUCCCGCAGUGCAAUGAAGAUGUUUGUGGAUGCCUUCAGUAAACAGGUGUUUGACAGCAAGGAGAGCCUGUCAACUGCUGCAGAAUGUGUGAAAGUGGCAAAAGAGCACUGCGAACAGCUUACAGAAAUUGGUUUAGACCUAACCUUCACACUCCAAUCCCUUUUAGUUAAGGACAUUAAAGCAGCACUUCAGAGUUACAAAGAUAUCAUCAUUGAAGCCACUAAACAUCGUAACUCUGAGGAGAUGUGGAGAAAGAUGAACCUGAUGACUCCUGAAGCCUUGGAAAAACUCAAGGAGGAAAUGCGAAAUUGUGGAAUUGGCAGCUUUGAGCAGUAUACUGGAGAUGACUGCUGGGUGAAUCUCAGUUAUACUGUUGUCGCUUUUACAAAACAUCUCAUGACAUUCUUGGAUGAAGGUCUUAAAUUGUAUUUCCCAGAGUUACACAUGGUUCUUUUGGAGAGCCUUAGGGAAAUCAUACUAGUAGCCAUUCAGCAUGUUGAUUACAGCUUAAGGUGUGAGCAGGAUCCUGAGAAGAAAACAUUUAUUUUACAGAAUGCCUCUUUUCUUUAUGAAACCGUCCUCCCAGUCAUUGAAAAACGAUUUGAGGAGGGAGUAGGAAAACCAGCCAAGCAGCUACAGGACUUGAGAAAUGGCUCUCGGAUGAUUCGUGUGAAUCCCGAGAGCACAAUGUCAGUGGUGUAAAUUAAGCUUGUGUGGGUGUCACUUUGUUUCAAUGCGUUGUGUAGACAAAGGGGCAUUUCUAUCUUAGAAAGUGCAUUAAAUGAAAGAGGGGUUUUAACCAAGAUAAAUACUUUAUUCAAAUAAGCCAAAAAAGAAAAUACACAUGCAAAUAAGAUUAAUUAAACUUUUGUUAUCAAUGUGCCACUGUUUUCAACAAACAGUGAAUACAAAGUUAUGAGAAAUACAACUUCAAGAAUAACAAAUACAAUGACUUGAAAAAUCCAAUCAAAUUAAUCUUUUUCGAGUUCACAAAAAGUGGCUUGGGUUAGUAAACAAUAAUCAACCUUUGAUAGCAAAAGAAUCGAUACUAAAACAAACUGUGCUUCUGCAGUCGGUGUCUUUAGGUGGAACCUGCUUCAAUAUCUUGCUUAAGCUAUGAGCGUCUCUGUCAGGAAACAUUAUUCUGAUUUGUGAGCAGAGCUAAUAAUUUGUUUAUGUGAGUUGAAAUUAUAUUUAGUUCAACAGAAUGCAGAUUUACACUUGUAUGUUUCACCCUGAUUUUUCAUGUUUUAACAGACUUGAAGCAUUUUAUGUCAAAGAAGCCAAGAGUUACAAUAUUACUUUGAUUUUUCAAGAUGUUGAUUCUGCAGUCCACAUUUCAUUCAGUCACAUGAAUUUUUUUAAAGUUUGUAUUUUAUGUACACAUUAAAGCUGUUCUUCUUAGUUUUUUGGUGAAAAAAUUGAAUUGCUGUUUGUACACACUCAUCUCUAUCCUCUAUUUUGGGCAAACACACCCCUUCAGGAAUAGGAGUUUGUCUCGGCUAAUACUAAAAAACAAAUGUUACUCUUAUUUAAAUUUGUUUAAGUAUUGAAAAGCAGCAAAAAUGCAGGACUGUGUUUGCAGUUUUAUGCAAGUCAUCUUUCUUUUGUAGCCUUUUUUAUGUUCUGAAUUACUUUAAUUUUGAAAUAAGCUGCUCAGAAGUCAGCUGGGCCAAAGCUGUUGUAUCUAUUAGCAAUAUAAUAUUCUGCCAAAACGUUUUGUUACUCUCCAGCCAAGUUUUUUCUUUUAAUUCUCAUUUCUUUAUACAUACAGUAUUCAUUUAUGCCUGUAUGUAAGGGAUGUGCUGAAUUUACCAGGCAAUAUGGAAUCAGUUUUUCAUAGCACUUUCAACUUUGCUGUCAGUAUUUUACUUUUUUCUGUUUUGCUGUUUAUUUAUCAUUAAAAUGAGCUUCCUAUA